CGUUAAACCUCCUAUAGAGGUCAUUCUGGUCGGUGCGGCGUUGGAUGCAUAUUCAUUGUUUUUAAGCGUCAUUGUUUAAUAUAGUAAUCCAUUAUCAUCCGUGUUGCUUUCCAUUUGCUCCUGCACAGCAAUAUACCCCAUCUGCGCAAUUGUAUUUGACCGCCUGUAUUCCCUAAUCGAUGUCCCCGACGACCGUCCUUGCUUAAUGCAAACUGUGUUGCUGCAACAAUAUCCCACACGCUGAUUGAGAUCUUCGCCCAACACUCCCUCACACAAAAUGGAGGCUCUAUCACCGCGAUCAACGAAUCAAAUGCUCAAACCGAAAGUCCCGAUGGAACGAAAAGUAUUGGAUCGCAACGCCGCCGCCGCGAGCGCCGCCCAGAAGGCCGCUACGUCCAAAAAUCAUGCGCCACCGCCGCCGCCGAUUGUUUCCGAACCGUUGGAAGAUGGAGAGCGAUAUAGGACCGGUCAUUUUCUGGGGAAGGGUGGAUUUGCCGUCUGUUAUGAAGGGACAUUGCAGCGCAAUGGUCGCGUGUUCGCCAUGAAGGUGGUUAGAUCGGAGAUGACCCAGAAGAAGAUGCAAGAAAAGUUCCGAACCGAGCUUCAAAUUCAUUCGAAAAUGCGACACUCCCAUAUCGUGACCUUCCACCGUGCCUUCGCGUUCGACAAGUGCAUAUACGUCGUCCUAGAACUCUGCCCGAACGGAUCCGUGAUGGACAUGGUAAAGAAAAGGAAGUCUCUGAGCUUGCCGGAAGUGAGACGAUUUAUGAUCCAGCUUUGCGGGGCCGUCAAAUACUUGCAUAAACGAAACGUCGCGCAUCGAGAUUUGAAAAUGGGCAAUUUAUUCCUGGAUAAGAAUUUGGACAUUAAAGUGGGGGAUUUUGGGCUGGCUGCGAUGAUCAUGUCGGAGAAGGAUGAAAAGCGGAGGAGGACACUGUGCGGCACUCCGAAUUAUAUUGCGCCAGAGGUCUUGGAUAAGAGCAAAGGCGGACAUACCCAGAAGGUGGACAUUUGGUCAUUGGGUGUAAUAUGCUUUGCCAUGCUCACCGGCUACCCACCGUUCCAGUCCAAAACUCAGGAGGAGAUUUAUAAGAAAGUGCGGAAUUUGUCAUACGUAUGGCCCAAAGGAUCAGAAUGCUCGAACCACAUACCACAGGAAGCGAUGUCCCUAGUGAGUGCGUGUUUGAAUCUAUCUGAGGAUGAGCGGCCAGACCCCGACGACAUUGUUGAACACCCGUUCUUCAACAUGUACGAUGGAUGCAUUCCCCGCCGACUGGAUCCAGUGUGCUGCUCAUCACGGCCAGCCUGGCUGAAGAACGAAGAGCCUCGAGGGGAUCGCAUGGUUCUAGGCCAUAGUUUGGAGUACGACGAAAAGCUCGCCGAGUAUAUAGACGACGUUGAUGACUAUACGCAGCGAUAUUACAUAUGCAAGGCCGCCUUUUACAGUCUCUGCGGUGUGGGGAGGAAGCCCGACGGUACCGCCCGCAAAUCAACGGGCAAGAACUGCUCCAAAUCUGCAUGGGCUGAAUGCCUGUCCGAGGAAGAAAAAGGACUCCAGCCGGUCAUUCCACUACCCGAGGAUAUCGUCUAUAGGCACCCAUAUGAUCUAGAUGGAGAUUGGAGUGCACCUGAAGCAGCAUUGGUUGGGCGCAAGGUUACAUCAUCGUUUGAUGCGAGCUUACUAUCAACAAAAAGCUGUGCAUCAGGUCCCGGUGUGUCUACCUCGCGGACACAAGCGGCUCUAAUUGCCGCUCAACAGCGACGCAAGGAAUCACAGAGCCACGCAGCCACGCUUCGACAACAGGCCACCGGGAGAACUACCGUACGAAAGAUCGCUUCUAUUUGCGACCCACCACCAUCCGCGCGACCAAUGUCUGAUAUGCGAGGAAUGGAUCCGGAUGGUCUCCCCGUACCGAGUGGAGGGUUGGCGGACCGGCCAUUGCGCCCCAGACGAGGUGUGGCUGCUUCAUACUCAGGGUCACUUCGUGGUGUGGAUAGACUCCAGCCGUCCCAGUCUCUAUCGAACAUGCCAUCGGAGACACCAGCGUUCGGGAAAACGCGCUCUCAAUCCCGGAGAUUGGAAGUCGCAAGCCAAGAAACCAACCGUCCUCUGCCUACUGUCAAAGAGAGGUCUACCUCUGCGACAUUAGGAGAGAUGACCACGAAAUCCUGGCAAACCUCAUCACGACCGGCCCUAGAACCGCAGAAAUUCGACAUGCCCAUUGCACCCGCGCCGAAGGCCGAGAGACGACCACCGAUAGAACCCGAACCUACCAAGGAGAAUCGCGUGCGUCCCCAGGAACCCCAGGCGAUGAGCCGAUCCGGCAGCAAGACAACCGUGGCCAGCAACAAAGCACGAUCAUCCCUAGGCGUACACCCACUCUUUCACUCUCACGACCCGUACGAAUUUGUGCCGCGGACGUCACAGGAUGAUGUAAGCGCAGAUUUGCGACACAUGCUGGCCAACAUGGUGCCGUACUCACCGGCUCGCCGACGCGUCGCAUCUCGGAGGGCACCGCACGCCUAUGUCAUCAAGUGGGUCGACUACACAAAUCGGUAUGGAAUUGGCUACGUGCUCGAUGACGGCAGCGUCGGCUGUGUCUUCAAGGCGGAAAACGGCCAACCCGCGAGCGGAGUUGUUCUGCGGGAAGGAGAGAAGCACAUCCGCCGCAAGGCCCGGAGCCACGACAAGCAGAGGGAGAAGCCGUUUUCCUACUCGGAAGCCGACCAGCUCGUACCGCGAAAUGGAAAGCUCGUCGAGUUUUACGAGAACUGCGACAAUUCCCCCGAGUGUCGUGGUGGUCUUCGACGGGCACUGAUCUCUCCGUCGCUUUUCGAGGUGAAGAGUGCGUCCGGCAACGCCUCCGCUGGGAUCAAGGUACGGUCUAAUUCUGGUAUUGACUGUGCACGGGCGGACGCGGAGAAGAUCAAGCGCGUCAAGCUGGUUGACCAGUUUGGCAAGUACAUGAUUGGAUCGCUGGGGCGCCAUGACGAUGAGACACUCCUGGAGGACGACUUGGCGACCGAUAACGACGGCCAGUUCAUCAAGUUCUACCAGCGUCUGGGAAAUGUGGGCGUAUGGGGGUUCGGGGAUGGUGCUUUUCAGUUCAACUUCCCCGACCAUACCAAGCUCGUUAUUUCACCAGGUCGAACUAGGAGCUCAUCACCCUGGAUCGAUUUCUACCACCUCUCACCAUCUGCCGCGCGCUACCUCACCUCCAAAGGAAAGAUGCACCCCUCUGGAUUCGACACACGCGCCGUCGCAUCAGACGAAGUAGGGACCUUCCUCAGCAUCGCCUACGGAACCGUAUCCAGCCCAAUGGACGACCGAAUCCGGGAAGUGCUCGAAGCCAACUCAUUCCUGCAAAAGAUCGUCUUCAUCAAGGACGUGGCGAAAGGAUGGAUCAAACAGGGCCGGCUAGGCGGACAACCCGCCAAGCCAGCGGACCUUGGCAGUAGUAUCUCCUCAAAGCCAUCCGAAGUAUUCUGGGAAGGCGCCCAGGAGCGACCACACUCCGGAGGCAGCGGGGGCAAGUUCGUCUGGGUAACGGUGGGAGCACCCGGCGGAGAUGGCGAAUACCGCUCCGUCUCGCUCAAGGAGAAACGAGCAGAGAUGGAGCACGAUCGGGAGAUGGAGGCGUUGAAGGAACGGUUGAGGUUUCUGGGGGCGCCGUCCUAGGAACUGUACAUUUGGCAUUUG